AUGUUAAUACUGGCAGCGGGUUUGGCCACCGCACAACCAUCAUACUAUGAUGCAGGUGUCUCUGCAUGUGUACCUGGAGCCGGUUAUGACCAUUUCCCGUUUUGCAACACAUCCAUGCCUCUUGCGGAUCGUGUGCACGAUUUGAUUUCCCGCAUUCCAGAUGGUGUCAAGCCCAACUUGUUGACAGCUCGGGGGCACUUGAAGAGUCGAGGGAGACAAGCUUUGCCAGAGCUUGGAGUGCCCUCCUACUAUUGGGGGACUAAUUGCAUCCAUUCAUCCAUGUCGGCCAACUGCACCAAAGAUGGCCGAUGUUCUACUUCUUUUCCGUCUGGUCCCUCCUGGUCCGCUACCUUCGACCGCAAUGUCAUGCGUAGCAUGGCGGCCGUGGUGGGUAGGGAAACCCGCGCCUUCUUUAACCUUGGCAACUUCACGGACAAUGGACGGAAUGGCAUGGGUCUAGACUGUUGGGGUCCCGUGGCGAACAUCAAUCGAGAUCCACGCUGGGGACGCCACGGCGAAGGAGGGACUGAAGAUCCAUUUCUGAUGGGUCAGCUGGGAGUGGCGUGGACCAAAGGCCUCCAAGAGGGUGAAGAUCAACGCUACAUUCAGGUGGCAGUGACCAUCAAACACUUUGAUGCGAAUUCCUUGGAAGGUGGUGCUGCAGCGGAUCAAGGCUACGACCGGCAUAAUUUCAGCGCAAACAUCUCCAAGUACUUGCUUGCUGACUACUACUGGCCAGCCUUCAGGGCUUCCAUCAAGCUUGGCAAGGCUAAGGGCGUGAUGUGCAGCUACAACUCGGUUAAUGGAAUCCCGGUCUGCUUGGAUCCCUUGAUGAAAGCCGCUCGCGCCGCCUGGGGCUUCGACGGCUAUGUCACCAGCGACUCCGAUGCGGUCAGCGAUGCCUGGCGACGGCAUCACUAUGUGAAGUCGGCUGCGGAGGCCAGCUGUUUGGCACUGAAGCAUGGGCAAUGCGACAUUGACAGCGGCAACACCUACUAUGAUCAUCUUUUGGAAGGAGUGAAAGCAGGCCAUUGUUCCAUGGAAGACAUUAAUCGUGCACUGUUCAACACCUUGCGGCUCCGCUUUGAGCUGGGGCUCUUUGAUCCCAUCAAGGACCAGCCUUACUGGAUGCUGGGCCAAGGUGACAUUGGAACUGAUGAAGCCAAGGAGCUCAAUCUCAUUGCAGCGCUUGAAUCGCUGGUGUUGAUCAGCAACCCUGGAAUUUUGUUGCAAAGUCCUUACAGCUUAGCACACCAUAAGCCCAACCCAUCUGAGGCAGUCUUGGGACCCCAUGGCAAUGCCUCCAUGGAUUUGAUCCAAGUGGACACCGGCGUCGUGUGCCCUCCAAGUCCUUCUGCACAUGCAGGGGAAUGGCAGGCGGAGGCGGCCGAUGCUGGGCAGUUCUACUGCGUGAGGACACCAUACCAAGCCAUUCAGGAGACAAAUGGCAAAAAUGGGACGACCACCUAUGUCAGGGGCUGCGAUUUGUCCGAUGAACUUCCAGGAGGCUUCCAGCAAGCAUUGGCAGCAGCCAAGCUUGCGGACGUGGUCAUUCUGGGGCUUGGUAUAUCUGAACGCGAAACGCUGGACCCAAAGUUCAUGGAGAGAGAAGCGCACGACCGGGAUCGUAUAGACCUGCCUCCUGUGCAGCAGCAACUGGCCAAUUAUAUUAUUGCCUUGGGCAAACCCACUGUGAUAUUUCUGCUGAAUGGUGGCAUGGUGGCAGUGGAAGAUUUCAUGAACAAGAAGAAUGUGGCUUUGAUUGAGGCUUUCUAUCCUGGCAUGGAGGGUGCUAACGCCCUUGCGCAGUCCAUCUUCGGGAUAGCGAAUCGCUGGGGACGGAUGCCUUACACGGUGUACCACUCUAACUGGACGAAGCACAACUCCAUGCUGGACCAUGAUGUGACACAUCAGCGCACCUACAGAUACGGAGCGGAUGCAGUGGUACCGUUUGGUUUUGGUUUGUCCCUCAGCACCUUUCGUUUGGCCUUUGCUUCCGCACCUACCGCGACCUUGCCCUUAGCCUAUGGGAGCGAUGGGGCGGUGUUAGAGACGGUUGAGGUGGAGAUUCGCAACUUGGGGCCACUGGUAGGUGACGAAGUGGUCAUGGCCUACUUCCACCCCAAGAAGGUGGGCCUAACGAUGUACCCGACGAAGUCCCUCUUUGAUUUUCAACGGGUCAAGAAUCUCCAGCCUGCAGCGCGGAUAACGAUCUCCUUUACAAUCACUGAGAAUAGCAUUCUGCUGGCAACUCCCGGUGGUGAUCUGGUUAGAGCUCCUGGUGACUAUGUGCUAACAUUUGAGAACGGCGCAGGGGAGAUUUUGUCGAAGGAUCUCACCAUUCAUGGUGAGCAGGUUGUAGUUGAGCCCUUUCCUGGCAAAGUGUCUUCGGAGAUCUUUGUAUAA